AUGCGAAGCCUUUACUAUCGCCUUGCCGACAUUCAGAAAACGUUAAAGUUCAAACGGGCGCUGUUGCAAACGCACUCGUCGUUUCCGUUGCGGAGCGGCGACAUCGAGUUCUACGUUGACGGUGCCGAAGCGAUGCAAUCUGUUGCGGAGGCGAUUUCAACAGCCCGACGGAAGAUACACAUUAUGGACUGGAGAAUGGACUUGGACAUCACCCUUGUGCGUACGCCACAUCCGUUACAGUCAAAAAAACUUGUUGAUUUAUUAGCUGCGGCUGCUAUCAGGGGCGUUCAAGUUUCUGUUAUUUUGUACAACUCGCCUUGGUUUUCGCACCUCACAGACAACAGAAAAACAGCGAAGAUACUCAACAAACUCCACCCAAACAUUACUUGCAUUUGUAAACAUUGGUCGCUGAUUUACUCCAACCACGAGAAGUUGGUCAUUGUCGACAACAAAGUCGCAUUACUUGGCGGAGUUGAUUUGUGCUUGGGGAGGUAUGACAACAUUUUCCAUCACAUCACACCAAUGGUCAGAGACGCUCCAAACGGUGCAUUGCUCUUCCCACCAGCAGAUUACAACAACAUUCAAAUUCCAAAAACAAACCGAUUUCAAUAUCCAAGAAUGCCGUGGCAUGACGUGCACUGUAAAGUUGAUGGAGAAAUUAUCAUGGAUCUCCAACAACACUUUUUACAGAGGUGGCAAUUCUAUGGCGGCGAGAUGCAGACGGCACCAGCGCAGAAAAAGAAAGGUGGCGUUUCUAUGAGGUUUUGUCAGUCAUCAUGCAAAUUGUCAGGAGGAAAAAAUGAGUGUAGUAUAUAUGGCGAGAUGCUCAAAUUGGUGAGAAAGGCAAAGCGGUUCAUUUACAUCGAGCAGCAGUACUUUUUGUCAAACUCGGGAAAGAGGAACAUAUCGAACAAAAUUGGAAGGGAGAUUGCAAAGAAAAUUAUCGAAGCCGCGAAAAAGGAUGAAAAGUUCUUCGUUAUCAUUGUACUUCCGCUUUUUAGUGAAGGAGAGCUCAAACACAAAUCAGUGAGAAAGAUGGCCGAAUACACAAGACUGGCACUAUACGAUGGUGUUGGAGGGAUAGUGAGUACAUUACAGAAAAAUGGAAUUGACGACUGGCAGAAGUAUCUUAGUGUCAACAAUUUGUACAACGUCGGGUGGUGCGAGAAGCUUGGAGUCACAUUGAGUCAGAUAUACGUACACUCAAAAUUGAUGAUAAUCGACGACGAAUUCAUGUUACUUGGAUCUGCAAACAUCAAUGACCGAUCACUGAGAGGAGACCGAGAUACUGAAAUUGCGAUUUCAAUUGAGGAAAACGAGAAAGUGAAAUUGGUGUUUGACAAGACUGAGGUUUUGGGGGGGAAAGAGAUCAGCGAUUUGAGGAAACGUCUUUGGAAAGAGCACCUUGGUAUUUCAGACAACCUCGAGACUUUGGUUGAGGAUCCGUUCACUUGUUAUGAUGAACUGUGGAAGAAAAUAGCCCAAGACAAUCGAGAUAUCUUGGAACAGGUUUUUCCUUUAUUUCCACGAAACGCGUUCACAAAGUACAUUGAUACAGAACUCCAUACCCACCCAAAGGCUGUUGAAAAUCGGAUACCAAUGCUCCUCAAGUUACAGGGUCACCUUGUGAAGAACGCGCAGCUUUUUGGCUCGAAAGAGCACCAAAGGAGUUAUGGACUGACGGCUAUAGUCACCUAA